AUGGGCAACCUCCUGGAAGUGCUUGGGCUCCCCAGGCUCGCAGAGACUAGAGCUCGUCAAGCCUUAAUGUUUAAUCCACAAGACUGGCGAGCUUCAUAUCUGCUAGCCAAAUUAGUCGGGACGAAAGAGGGAAUUAAGAUCCUAGCCGCUGCUAUUCAAGCACGCCUUGCGUCCGACAGCCAGUGGCAACGGGAUCCUGUCCAGCGCAUCAGGUUUGCCAAGCUCCUAUACAUGUUUGGGCUACUUCACUGGGAAGACAAAUGUCCGAGCACAGCCAUUGCCUACUGCAAAAUGGCAAUGGAACUUGACCCUACGAACUAUGGCCGGGUGACAAUGGUUCUGAGUUCUCUCGCUACUGAGGGUCGGUGGCAAGAUAUUAUAGUAUCUUUGAAAGGAGUCAAGAAUUCGGCACACAUCUCACAGGGAUUGGCCGAGAUGGUAAUCGAGCUCUGGAACGCUGACCGGUUCCACCAGAUUUUCCUGCAAGCAGCACUACGAACAAAGCACUUCGAUAUGCUCGAAGAGACAUACGAACUUGCAAUCAAUCUCCUUCUAGAGCGCCAGGACCGUGCCACAUUAGUUAACGUCCGAUAUCAUUAUGCUACAGCAAUAUACUCACUGCGCGAUCGUGAAUCCAAGGCGAUUGCCGAGUGGGAGAACGUUUUGACCGAAGUUCCCCAAUCCCAUUUAUAUACCAUUCUACCAUUGUUGGUUAGCAAACUCGGUCCUCUCUAUCUCCACAAGGCACGGACGUCGGGGGAUGACACAGAGGCUGCGUCCUCGUACCUCGAAAAGAUAGAGACCUUGAUUCCUGACGGAGCGCCUGGGAGCGACGCACUCCUUCCGCCAAAGCUUUAUCUAGCGCGGUACUACCAGACACAGGGAGACGUGCUACGAGUGAAACAAAUCACUCGAGAGAUCGUGAAACAGGCUCUUAAAAUACUGUCUGACGAUGACCAAGACAAUGACAGAUACGCUUAUUUUAGUUUAUUAAAUGUGUUUCUACCAUUAGAGGAUAGUAGAAAUAUGCUCGCAAGUUUGGCAAUGCUGUCAUUCAACACCUCCGACACGGCAAUUAUCCACUAUAAUGGAGACUGCGGGAAUUCUUGGUCAUAUUUGGGAGACAUGCUGUGGUCUAAGGAUUGCAUCGACUUCCAGAUUGACGAGAAAUGUCAUCGGAAACUUUGCGAUGGCGCCCUUCCGUUCACCGUUUGUGAUAGGAGCCAUGACUUUCUCCACAUUCCCGGGCGGGAGUCAAUUAUGCAGGAUAUUCCAGUGGGCUGCGUGCCUUUCGGAGAAGCGGCUAUCCCUUUGGACGAAUGGAUGGAGCUGGUUAGAAAAAAUUAUGUUUACAUUGAGCACUGA